GCCAUCUUUGUAGUACUUCUGAAAUGACUCUACGAAAGUUUCCACUGUAUUUCCAUGUAUUUGACAUUUAGUGAGGCACUUUCGAUAAGCCUUACACUGGUAACAGAGCAAAAGAGAUGUUGGGAAAGCAAUAAAUACAGUGAGAAUGGCAAGAGCCAUCAGAGCAUAUGGCAUGUGUUCCUUGCCAAAGUAUUUGAUACUUGGAUCGUAGUAGAGGCCAUA